CAUAUUAUUGCUCUUUUGUUGGUUUUGAUUGCGUCUGUUGUCUUCGUUUAUAAGUCGCUUAGGAUAAAAUUGUCUGCUAAAUGACUAAAUGUAAAUGUAAUGUUCAUGCAAACAAAAAGUGCUGCUAAGUUGCGUGUUGGUUUUUCGACAUAAAACUCAUGAUUUCAUUUGUGUGCAUGAGUACUUGAACAUUUCCAACACAUUUUACCAAUACCGUGAUAAUAUUGAUGACCAUGAUCAUUUGUUUACUUGUCUUUAAAUAACAUCAUUUAUUCAUUAGCCUAUUAUUUAAAUGGGUCACAUUUGCUGUGCAUAAACAUGUUUGUAGCAGGUUUGGAAAGGGUUACCGGGUGUCUGUGGGGUUAAGCUGGACCCAUGAGUCAGUCAGACAGAGCUUAAGGAGUUUAAAAUAUUAUGUUGUUCACCAUAUGGACUGUCUUACCGGUCUGCAGGCGUCCAGAAGAUCAUGACGGAGGAGCACGCGACAGGUGGUGCAUGCCUGUCCCAAUCAGCCUGCAGGGUGACUGCUGGAGCAGGGGGCGGGGCUGAUGUCACAAAGGAGGCGUGGCCUGCACAGCCACGCCCUUUGUCACAUGACCGGGUCACACUAGUAGUGGACGGGACUCAUUUUGUGGUGGAUCCGGCGGUAUUCACAGCUUACCCGGAUACAGUGCUUGGGAGAAUGUUCGGUCGAGCGCGUCAGCACAGUUUCAUGCGACCAAACGCUAAAGGUGAAUAUGAAAUCGCAGAAGGCAUCGGCGCCAACAUCUUCAGAGUAAUCCUGGAUUAUUACCGUGUCGGCGUGCUGCACUGUCCGGAGGGCUUGUCUUUGGCGGAACUGCGCGAAGCGUGCGAUUAUCUGUGUAUAAACUUCGACUACAGCACCGUCAGAUGCCGAGACCUCAGUGCUCUCCUGCACGAGCUGUCCAAUGACGGCACUCGGGGGCAGUUCGAGGCGUUCCUGGAGAAGCUGAUGGUCCCGGCGAUGGUUGCUAGCGCUCAGGAAGGAGAACGAGAGUGCCACAUCGUGGUGCUCACGGACGACGAUAACGUAGACUGGGAUCACGACAACCCUCCGCCGAUGGGAGAGGAAAACUCGCGAAUCCUCUACAGCACCAAACUCUACCGUUUCUUCAAGUUCAUCGAGAACAGAGACGUCGCGAAAGCUCUGCUGAAGGAGCGAGGCCUGAAAAACAUUCGCAUCGGGAUCGAGGGAUACCCCACCUGUAAGGAGAAGGUGAAGCGGCGUCCAGGUGGCAAGUCCGAGGUCAUCUACAGCUACGUCCAGCGUCCCUUCAUCCAGCUGUCCUGGGAGAAAGAGGAAGGGAAGAGCAGACACGUGGACUUCCAGUGCGUCCGCAGCAGGAGCGUCCCGAACCUCAUCACAGCCAUGGGGGAGGGGCCUAUGCGGGCCGGGGCCACGCCCACUCCGCAGGUCGACGAGUUAAAUCGGCUGAAUGGCCCCGCCCCUCCCAGUCUCGACCAAUGACUGAUGGAUUAAACUGUUGGAACUAGAAACACUGACUGGACGAUAAUACACCUCAUUCAUAUUCAUGAUGUCACGCUCAUUAAUAUUCAGCACCUCAUUUCAUAUUCAUAUAGAUAGACAUUUCAUAUUGAUCCGUUCGAAUUUUGACUCAUUUCAUCCACGUCACUGGUUCAGUGAACUUAAAAGUACUUGAGAUCUUUUCACCGCUGUGUCCUUGAGCAAGUUCUUGCCAUUACUGCACUGCAUUUGGCUUUGGAUAAAACAAUAUUUGCUUAACCAAUUACCAAUUAAUCAAAAAACCAGUCACUUUUUCAGGGUUUUGGAUUAUUGAAGAUCAGAUGCAUUAUUUUAGAAUUCAUUUUAGCGAGGAUUUUCUGUCUGUCGGCGCCAUCUAGUGUCAAGGUGAUGGAUAGAAAAUAGUGUAAAUAUCAUUUAUAAAACACUUUUUAAGCGUUUGCUUUGUUUUAUAUAAUUUGUAAGUGGUUUUCAAUAAAAGCAU